UCUUUAAAGGCCUUUUGUGGCCAGCCAAAUGUAGGAUGGCACACAGCAGUCUAUUCUGACUUUAACCCUCACAGGGAAGACUACCAAACAAGACAGGACCGGUCCAACCCAGAUAUCCACAGAGGCAGAAGGUCUUGAGACACUGACUUUUUUGAGGGCACAAUGCAGCCGCUGCUCUAGAACCUUCCAUUCUAGAACUUGUCCCAGUUCUCAAGAGCGUGCUCUCCCUGCCUGGUCCAUUGUGGUUUUAGACUCCCACCUAAGCUUUCUAGCUCACAUUCUCAGCCUCACCUCCAGCAAGUUUUUAGAAACUUGGCUGCUGCCCUGAGAGGGGGGUGCAGGUCCCACCUGGCCCCCUGCUGCCCCAGUCCCUGCCCUCUGACACAAGUCAGGCCUUAGCUCUGCCCAUACCCCCAACUGAGACUGACAGUAGACUGGACCACCAAGCCCUCUCCCGAGGCUUCUUGCCCUCCAUGAAGGGCAGUGGCAGGCGCAAGUUGGAGCACAGAACCUUCAUGGACCAGGUUCGAGAAUGCAUGAACAAUGGCUACCUGCUCUCUUCCAAGAAGAUUGGCUCUGGGGCCUUCUCCAAAGUGUACCUGGGGUAUGCUACCCAUGAACGCAUGAAGCACAACCCCAAGCUGUCUUCGGACUUACGGGGCAAGCACCACACCAUGGUGGCUAUCAAGAUUGUCUCCCUGUCUGAGGCUCCAGAGGAGUUCUCUCGAAAAUUCUUACCCCGUGAGAUUUCAUCACUCAAUGCUACCUACAAGCAUGUGAACGUGGUACAGCUGUAUGAGACCUACCAGAACAGUCAGCGCUCUUACCUGGUCCUGGAACUGGCAGCCCGAGGCGACCUGCUGGAGCACAUCAACACCGUGUCAAACCACCGCUGCUGCCCAGGGCUGGAGGAGGAGGAGGCCCGGAGGCUGUUCUGGCAACUGGUCAGUGCCGUGGCCCACUGCCACAAAGUUGGCAUCGUGCACCGGGACCUGAAGUGUGAGAACAUCCUGCUGGACGACCAGGGCUUCCUAAAGCUGACGGAUUUUGGUUUUGCCAACUGCACGGGGCCCAAGAACUCACUGCUGAGUACCUUCUGCGGCUCUGUGGCCUACACGGCCCCAGAGAUCCUCAUGAGCAAGAAGUACAAGGGUGAGCAGGCCGACCUGUGGAGCUUAGGUGUCAUCCUCCAUGCCAUGGUGUCGGGGAAGCUGCCCUUCAAGGAGCGCCAGCCCCACCGCAUGCUGCACCUGAUGCGCCGCGGCCCCAUCUUCCAGCCGGGCCUGUCCCCUGAAUGCCGGGACCUGAUCCGGGGCCUGCUUCAGCUGCGCCCCUGUGCACGCCUGGACCUGCAGCAGGUGGCUGCUCACCGCUGGAUGAUGUCUGCCGGGCAUACACUCUUCUGUGUACUCCAUGAGACACCAGAGCUAAAGACUAGAUCCCAGCAUCCAGCAUCCCAGGACAGCCCACAGCAGGACUUGCUGUACCUGAAGCCGCAGGACGCCCCCAAGGGGAGCACCUCAGAGCUGGCUCUCUGGAGGCCGGCCCCAGAUGAGCGAGUUCUACUGGAAAGAUGCUCCAGAGCACCAUGGCAGGCAGCUCAGUAAGGAGUGACACCAGGCAGCUGCUAGCUUCGCAUUCCACGCUUGCCAGCCACCAAGAGCAUGCCUGGGCACAACCUGGUCAAUUGGGGGUGGAGGGGGGGUGGGUCAGAUAAAAUAUAUAUUCUGUGGAACUAAGGAUGCAACUCCGAGCAAAACUGGUGCAUGGGUUGGGUGCU